AUGGAGGAUGUUCUAUUUGGCGCCAAUAAUGAGGUGAUCUCCGUCAAAACUAGGGAUGCGUCUCCGCUGGCAGGUGUAAUGAAGGGAAUGAUUCUCAGCUCCAUCAAUGGCAACCCUGUGGGUCGAGCAGAUGACGAGCAGAGGCGGCGGCGUAAUAUGGGGGACGAGUUAGUGCUACUCUUUGUGCCUGGAACCCCCGCGGGAUGUGAUGAGUUCGACCUCAAUUCCGGCGAAGAUGAAGAUAACAACUUUAAUCAGAGGAAUCUGGACUUUGACACACCCAACCAAGACGACGUGUCAAAUUAUCCAAAUAGCACCGAUGUGCUUCUAGACGCCGCGGAAAAGGCUGGACCUGGUAGGUGCAUUAUUAUUAUGUGCGAGGGGGUAAAUCCAGGGUAUGCCAUUAGCGUCAGCGCCGAGCGGGCGUCGUGCACAGUGAUGUAUAUUAAUGCGGUUGCCCGUCUCAAAACUCGACAAUCUCUCUCUCAAACCGCUGAAAUUUUUAGUAAGUCCCUUCAAAAAGGUCUCUGGAUUUACAUUGAGCAGGCAACGAAGUCUAUCUCUCUCCUGCAUAAACUGGCGGAGUGUAUUGCGGAGGCCCAAACAGAAGGUGUCAUUCACACCAAGGCACGUGUUUUUCUCAUGUGCGAGCCUCAUCCACACUUUCCUGAGGACCUGCUUAAAGGGAGUGUGACGUUACGCAGCACGCUGCGUCGUGGUGGUGGUGAGAUGCAACUUGAUAAUAAUUUGCUCGAGAGUCGCGUAGGGCACUCAGUGGUGCGGGAUGGCGCUUUGUACCCUGUGGAUGCACUGCCAGAGCAUACAGGAGGACAACGACGUGUUAAAAUUUCCCACGAGGUGAACAUUGUGCCUUUGGAAAAAAAUACAUUUAUGGAGCUAAGUCAGGGUGCUAAUCCUGCGAUGGAGCGCGAAACAGCAACUGGUGAAGGUAUCACUCGCUUUGCCAAGUAUGUGUUUGGUGCAAAUGAAAAGUUUAUUUCUCUUUGCAAAGUCAAGGACGGACGAUACGCCGUAGGUACAACGGGAGGUUACGUUUUAAUUUUGGAUGCAGAUGGGCUUCCGCUCAUUCAGUUUCGACCACACAGAGCGUGUGUAUGGGAUGCUGCCUUUGUCACCCCCUACGAUUUUGCGACAGCCUGCGAGGAUUGGACCAGCUCUAUUUUUAACUACUCCUUGGAACGUCAGGAACUCUCGGCGACAUCGGUGCUCUCACUACACGGUGACGUAUUUGCGGUAACGUAUGCCAACCCAGAUGACCCUCAAAGCGCUGUUUUAUCUGGAGGACUGCCUUCUAGCGUCCGAGUCUUGCAUUCGGAUCGUCAGACCAGUUCCAUGAUUCCUGUGGGGGUUUCCACACAAGCCAUGCGUUCUACUCAACGAGGACAUGCGCUUAUUGGAGGUGGUAAUGGUGCUUGUUUCUUGGUUGAUCCCGGCAGCUGCACGCUGCUUGAGACGACAACUCGUCAUCAGCGUAAGGUGCCAGCUGUGUCCUGUUUUGGCCCCAUGGCUGUGACAGGGGGGUUUGAUAAGAUGAUUCGAGUCUGGGAUGUGCGAAGUAGUUUUCGUAUGGUAAGCGAGAGAGCUGUGUCAGAGGUUAUUACCGCUGUCUCGAUAUCUGAUAAAUAUGUGGCAGCGUGCAGUGGGUCCGAUCUUCUUGUGUGGGAUUUGCGAAGAAUUGUCGCCCCUUUGGCGAUCAAACAGAGAGCAUGGAAGGAUCUUACGCGUGGGCUUAUUAUGGACGGGGAUGUUAUCAUCACUGCCUCUGCUGACGGUGUGGCGCGGUUUUGGUCGCUUGGAGCGAUGGGUAACUUGUAA